CACCAAUUACAGUAUUUUUCCUUGUUUCUGUGUAAAUCACCUACAGUGCUGCAUGCAUAAUGGAUAGAGAAACAUGAAACUUUUAAUAAGUCUAACUCAUGAUUCAGGUUAUGUUGCAUCUCUGUAAAAGUUCAUUGAAAUUCUCCCUCUUAUCUCUCUAUAGCUAAUCGGAGAAGCAAUCAAACCUGUGAACCUUACUUGGCUGAGAGAAGAGUUAGUUUUAAUGAAAUUGCUGCAGGCAAGAGUUUAAUUUGCGUGAGGUUUUGAAUUUCUAAGAAAUAGGCAGAGUAAGUUCAAGGGCCCUCUCUUGAGAUGUCUUCAGAGCAAGCGCAGGUGCCUGAAAGUGUCUUAAUGUUAGAAAUACUGUAGAACACCAGUGUUACAAACUAACUUGUCAACUACACACCUCAUCUGGAACCGGAAGUAUGCAGUCAGACUAAGGAGAUGGGGAGGCGAGGAGAGUAGCAAAUACUAUACAGUACACCUCUACCUCGAUUUAACACUGUCCUUGGGAGCCAAAACAAUCUUACCGUGUUAUAAGUGAAACUGCGUUAUAUUGAACUUGCUUCAAUCCACUGGAGUGUGCAGCCCCCCGCCCCAUUAUAACUGAAUUCGUGUUAUAUUGGGUCGUGCUAUAUCAGGGUAGAGGUGUACUGUGUUAAACAUAAACUUCUAAGAAAAAAGGAAAGUCUUAGAAAAGAUUUGACAAAGUAAGGAAACUGUAUUUGUGUUUGUUUAAUUUAAAUUAAGAUGGUUAAAAGCAGCAUUUUUCUUCUGUGUAGUAAAGUUUCAGAGCUGUAUUAACAUUUACAAUGUUCAUUUGUAAACUUUUGAAAGAACAACCGUAACAUUCUCUUCAGAGUUAUGAAGAACCUCCAUUCCUGUGGUGUUUGUAACUCUGAGAUUCUACUGUACGGGGAAUCCUGCAUCCUUGUUAGAGCCCAUACUUUCCCUGAUUUAUAUCCCAACUGCACUCAAGGUCAAAAGAUCAAAACUUGACAUCUAAUCCAGAUCUCUGUAUGGUAUACUCAAGCAUUAGUUCUGACUCAGGAUUGCCAUCUGUUCUGGUUCUGAUAGAAUGGUCUUGCAGCAGACAUGAAAAGAAUAACAAAGUAAAUAAUUGCAAAGUGAAAUCGUAUUUUUCCCCCCAAAAUAAGUCAAAUGUUUUGUGUCUGAUUAUCUUUUUGAACAGCCUGAUAGCAGCAGGUCAUUAGUGUCUUGUUCUAAGGUCACUUGCUAAAGGUAAAGAGAAUGGUUUUGAAAAUUCUACUUUUACAUAAAGUGCUUCAGAUUAUUGAAUGGCUAAGAAUUUGCUUUUUGCCUUCCAUUGUUGUACUGUGAUAAAAUGCACAGACAGAAAGCAUAAUAAUUUAUUACAGGCUUUCAUCAAAGAAAAUGGUCAAAGCAGUAUGACUCAUGUAUACCAUCUUCCUCUCUUUCUAGUGUAAGAAAGUGACAGAUCUGCUAUGGCUUGAUAAAGUCUUAUUAAGAGGGAACUUUGCUAAUUGCAGUUAGUGACAUGAAAAUGGCUGAUAAAUAAAAUGUAUUGAUUAAUUUGCACAUUAUGUAAUUGUUUUAAGUCUGAGACUGCUCCAUAUGGGUAACAGGGAGAAAAGUCUGCAAAUUUCUUUUUUUAUUUAUGUGGAAAAACAAAUGCUAGCGCUUGUAAAAGCUACUAAUUUUGAUUCAGAGUCAUUGAACUGCACGUAUAAGGCAUUGCCUAUUGCACACAAAGUUGCACUGUUUUAGAAGUGUGAUUUUUAAACUGAUUUAAUUAAGUCAGUGCACCUUAGUGCAUGAAUACUCUUACAUUGAUUUAUACCAGCCUUGUAUUAGUUUAGCUUGCUCCUGUAAAUGUACAUUGGCAAUGAGGCAAGUGAAACUGAUAUAACCAAUUCUAAACCAAUAUAAGUGUGUUCUCACAGAUGGCAAGUUUGUGUUUAGACAAGCUUACAGUUGUCACAGUUCAGGGCAUUACACCUGUAUUCCUGCUCUGUGAUCCCUCGAAGGCACCCACUGUAGGCUCCUGGCUCCUUAGCCAUCAUAUCUCUGGGGUCGAGACCCACGUCUCUCUCCUCCCUGAAUUAUUUUUUUCCAGGCUGUGAAGUUCCUUUCCUACACUGUAAAAUUCCCAGCAAGCCAGACUGUGUGAACAGGACCAGGUCUGCACUUUGCUUGUUCUCCAGAGAUGUAAUUAGCAACAGUUAUAAGUUACCACACAACUUUUCCUAAACAAGCACAUUUAUUCUUAAGGUAAAAGCAUUACACACAAAACAUUAAUCAAACAAACAAAAAUAAAAGAACCUUUGUGCAUGCUAAACAGCUUACCAGAAGUGACCCCAACUCAAACCUCUGGUAGGUGUCAGCCUUCAAGAUACACAACUGGAUGUUCUCAGUGGUUACAAAUUCAUAACUGUUUCAGAUUCAGAACUAGAAUAUCCAUUAAUAGGUUAAAGCGACAAAGAGUUCUGUGGCACCUUAUAGACUAACAAACGUAUUGGAGCAUGAGCUUUCAUGGGUGAAUACCCACUUCAUCGGAUGACAGCUCAUGCUCCAAUAUGUUUAUCCGACGAAGUGGAUAUUCACCCACGAAAGCUCGUGCUCCAAUAGGUUUGUUAGUCUAUAAGGAGCCACAGAACUCUUUGCUGCUUUUACAGAUCCAGACUAACAGGGCUACCCCUCUGAUACAUUAAUAGGUUCGUUUUUCCUUUUUACAUCUUAGACCUUUGCUGAUUACUUCCUGGAGUCUCAAAAUCAGAUAAUGGUUCAAUAAGUUUUUUUCAUGAAUAUUGUAGACAGUUGCCAUAUCUGUCACAACAGCGUUACAGGCAUUAAAUCUGAACAGUGGCUUAGAAAUAUAGUUUUAAAAAAAUACUACUUGAGGCCACUAAACUGGCCUCAAUCCUUUGUUGUGUGGGUUUUUAAUUUUUCAUAAGUCUUCAGAAUCUGAAUCAAAACUAGAAUAGCUGUGCUAGCUUGUUUAACUGCCUCACUGCUGCUAGACCACAUGUACUCUGACAACAGAUUCUCUUUUUUAUUAUUGAACAUUCAUUAAGAUGAAUGGAGCAUCAAGUCUUGCCAAGGGCAUCCAGUCACAUUAGAUAAAUGCACUUGGUGCAUGUUUCUGACACUUCUUUCAGCAUUAAGAUGGUCACCAUUUUCAGUGCUUCUGUUCUAGGACUUUUCACCAAGUUUAGUGUGCGUUAAGAAACUGUGACUGCUAAUCAUGAGUCAUCCUUGCCAGCAUCCUAGUCUGGCUCAUGGUUGUAUUCCUGUGAUCAGGCUGUAACAUUGUCCUUCUACUAUAUAGCUGGAACUCUCUAAACCAUGUAUGCACAACAUGAUCUUCAGCCAUUUCAGAAAAUUGAGUAGUAGGCCAUGCAUUAUCUCUCAGGCUGCUGGUGCUUCUGAUUGUAAGAAUUUUCCCAGAAUGCAAUGAAUGAAAACAUGAUUAGUGUCAUGGCAAGUAUGGACAUGCCCAUGUUUUGUCUUGAAAAAGUUGAAACUGGAUCACAUGAGCCAUAUUAUAUAGUGAAUUUCUGCUUUCCAACUCUUUUUCCUGUACAUGAAAAAUUGCAAAAACUAUUACAAUGCUCCAACACAUUAAUUUCAGUCCCGUUGUUCCAUUUGAACAGGUUACUAACCACAAAGAAUUUCACAAAUCAUUCUGAUUUUUUUUAAAGAAGAGUUCAUAUUGGGAAUCAUGAACAUCAGUGACUUUGUAAUACUGCCAGGUUCAAAAACUGGAACUUCUGUAAAAUUAAAAGUGAAAAAUGUACGAGAGCUGAAAUUGGAGAAGGUACAGUUAGAACUAGAAAACAAGGAGAUGGAGAAGAAACUACAGCAACUGCAAUCUAAUAUGAGCAGAGAAAAAGAAGAGAGGAGGGAACAAUCAAGUGGAUAUUGUUGGCAAUCUGGACAGGCAGGACCAUUGGGCGUUCAACCUCAAGUAUGGUCACAAAAUAAAGAAAAUGUUGUUAAGAUUUCUUCAGGAAAAGUGAAGUUGAAGAUACUCAAAGAACAGUGUCAUGAGCCAAUGAAACAGCCAUUUAUACAUAAAAUGGCAAAUGUUGCAAUUCCUGGAAAACCUAAAAUGAAGGGGAAGGCAUGUGGACAGUGUGAGACCAAAAAUGCUUUACUGGUAUGCUUAGAAUGUGGGGAAGAUUACUGUGGUAGUUGCUUUGCCAGAGUCCACCAGAAGGGGGCGCUGAAGCUCCAUAGAAUGAUUCCUUUACAGGCAAAAACUGAUGUAUCAGUUGGAAAAUUAGAAGCUACCCAUCAGUUCAUGAAAGACUUCAAUCCUGGUGAAUCCAGAAAGAAUCAUGAGCAGAAGAAAGCAAAUAGCAAGAAUCAGCUCACGUCAGACAUUUCUUCAUCUCUGCUAACGUCAACAGGCAAUGCUGAGGAAGUUUCCACAGUACCAGCAGGGACAGUUUUUGAGAAUCAGAAUGGUGGUUUAUUACUGUAUGGUACUUUUGAUGAGGAAGAAUCUGCAGAGUCCUUUCAAGAAGCUUUAACUCAGUGGAGAAAUGGAAAUCAUGAACACAAAAAGGAACAGAACUGUGAUGAGGCUCAACAAGAAUCCAUGGGAGUUUGUGAGGUACAGACCCAUCUCACAAUUUUGAGAAAACCUGCUAAAAUUGAAUUCAGAGAAGAAAGCCUGAACUAUAUGGAGAAACUGUGGCUUAAGAAGCAUAGAAGAAUGCCAGUUGAUCAGAUAUCUGGUAUUCAAGCAGAUGAAUUCAGACCUAAGCAUGAAUUGAUGAAUGAACCUGAUGAUGCUCUGAGUGGAGAAGGAGGAGAAGGAGAUGAUGAUGAUGAUUUAAUAGUUGAAGAUAUGAAAAAGUAUUGGACAGCUCUGUUUAGAGCAGAAGAGUCUGACACAGUUCCUGGGAACCUUGAGUCUGCUUUGAAAAUUGAGAUACUCAGUGAUUCUUGUGAAGAGGAUCUAGAUGAAUCAUGUAACUCUGUAGUGAUGGAAGUUGGAUCCACUAAACUGAGUAAUGAACAAAGUGAUGCAAUACCUGAAAAUCAGAAGGAUACAAUAUCAGACUUUUUACCAGAACCAGCUGCUGAUGUAACUAGCAAGACAUCUCUUAAUUCUGCUUCUACAUCUCACAAAAGAGACCUUUUCAUUCCUCAUGAUAGAAGCACAGUUCCCAUUAAAGAAAUUUCUAAAGUUUCAUCUGCAAGAACAUCUACAGUGAAUCAUGAAAGAAUGUAUACUGAUUGCAUCCAUUCCAGCACAGAAGAAACAGUUCUCGGCAGUCCUCAUGAAAGUGCUGUAACCGAAAAAGAAAGCAUUAAAACAAAGACUUCUAGAAGAUCUCUUAGUGCUUGUAUGUUACCCGAGAAGACUUUUGACUUUCCUAAAUUAGGCAGCAGUGAACCUUCCGUCAUGACAAGAUCAUUGAAAAACAGUAAAGAUUCACUGGAAUUUAACAGUUUCCACACGAGCAAGAGUUUGAUUUUACCUGUCACUACAGAAGCUUCAGUGUUGUUACAGGAAGUAGCCCUAAGAGAAAAACCUACUUUGACACAAUAUCAAGGACUUGAGGGAUUCUUUAUUUUGCAUGCAAAUUCUAAGCAAGUAACACUUGAUUCAAUUCCUUCACCUUUCUCAGAUUGCAGCUCUACAAACAGUACUUCAGUUUCAGGCAAGGGACAUUGGUUCAGAGACACUAGUUUAAGUGAAUAUGCUGAUGAUUCUGUAGUACAGGAUGUCUUGCAAAGUGAACUGAGCAGGUCUUCAAGUAGUCUUCAGGCUGGAGUUUCGCCAUGGACAUUAAUGCACAAGUCACCCACUGAUAAUAGUUUACAAAGACCUUUGUCAGCAAUUAUACCAUCCUCUAAAUCUGUGAAGUCUGAUCGGAUCUGCUGUACACUCUCUCAGACAAGACGAAGAAAUUUAACUACUCAGCCCUUAUCUAGGGCUGCUAGUGAAAUUUCAAAAAAUGAAUGCAUCGAUGUAACUGAACAAAAUGACCCUCUCUUAGAAUAUACUGCAGAUCAACAAGCCUUAGCUGGCUUGGAAGAUGAACUAAAAAGUCAUACAGAGACUGUGAUGAAAGCCAUACAGAUGAGGAGGAAGAGAUUCUGCGGGACAAGCAGGAAGUUAUGGCACUACGUUGACCAACCAAAAAAACAAAACUUGCUGCUAAUUAUUUUUCUUUGCAUUGCAUAAAACAAGCAGCCUGUUAUAAGGCACUUCUCAGGUGCUGAAGAUGUUAACUGCUGAAGAAUGUUGUUGGAAGUCUAUCCUACCAAUAAAACAUGUCUAAAAUUAAAAAUCA